GCAGCUUCUAGAAUUAGAACAUGUGCUGUUACACUAGGGGUGGGGAAAAUGCUUGUUGGUUCAUCCAAAACCAGCUCUUUUUUCUAAUCUUCACAUUUCAGUGGAUGAGAACUUUUUUCCAAUAAACCUUUUGCUGUAAAGUCUGUGAAAUUCUUUUAAAAUGCAGCUUGCUGUCUCCCCAGUGGCUGAAAAUGUUGAGAAACAGAUGCCACCCCCAAUCUGUUGUUCAGAUGGAAUUAACAGUGCUUCCUUAUCACUGUCUGAAGCUAUUAGGAUUUUCAGUAAUUCUAGAUAGAGACACAGUGUAAUUGAACUCUGAAUUCAAAUGAGACAAUUGUUCUGGCAAUAAAACUUAACUAAGCUUCCUGAUGUAUAAUAGAAUUUGUUCAGCCUUCAGUAUAUUCUCCACCUCGCUCACCAGCAACCUAAAUACUGGAGGAAAUGUGAAAACUUAAAUGAAGAAUCCAUAAUAGAUGAGCUGUGAUUUUUCUUUUUCUCUUGCCAUAAACCAGAAAUAGCCUUGAGCAGCUGAACCAGUUCUGCUGACUAAACAUGUUGGAGUAAUCAGUUCAGUCCUAUUUUAUUAAUUUAAAACCUUGUCUUACUUUCAGCGGCAGUCUCCUUAACGAAGGAUGUUUUACUGAUUGUCCUGCUUCGUGCAUGUCAGAAAAUAUGUGAAAAGGGAGAAAUGAGGCUCUGUUCGAUCUUACAAAUUUCCUGGCACUAGAAAUUCCAUCUGGGAAUUUUAUUUUGUACUUUCAAAUUACUGGACUCCAAAAGGCAGAAAUGUCUAUGUAACUGCAGCUCUCUCUAUGCAAGGGACUUGCAGUUCUAAGUGGCCAGAAGUUGUUUUAUUUCUAGUGGAAAAGGUGACACUUCAGCAGCGCAGUGCAGUUUCAGUAUGAAGAGGAAAGAGUGCCACCUACUGUAUCUCAAGCACCACUUUCUGCAUGCAGCAGCCUGGAUUUUUCUGGGAGGUUUCUCUUCCAGGAAGUUUAGUGACCUCUGACCCAGAUUACUUUCUGAGUGCAGCCUGAGAGGACACAGCUGAUCCUAGUGUUGUGUAGUUCAGAAACCAACUUGCAAGGAAAACAAAGGACAUGGUCACAACUGUUGGAAGAAGUGGUCUAGAUUCAAUAAAGGAGUCAAAAUGGACACCUUGAAUUGCACCCAGAAGAGACUUAGCAACCGCGUUCUGUACAAGCUGGAGCUUCCACAUGGCCUCAGGGGCUUCUGGCAUGCACUUAAAGCCAUACCUCAAAUUACAGAAGAAAGAGCGAUCUCUAGAUAUAAGCCAAGAUUCCCUAAGAGGCCUACAUAUGAGCCAUCAAAGGUCAGCACAGGAGGAAAAGUAUACGAACAACUGCACCAAACUGAGCAUUUUCCCUGCGCCCCCUGUCGUGACUGCCUCUCGUAAGCCUUUGGGAAUUAUUUAUCCUAAUGCUAUGUGCAAUAUGAGUGGGAAAGCUCCAGCAGAAGGCCCAAGUUUUGAGAAGAAGAAGAAUGCCCCGUCUGCGACAAUCCACCAGGGGGAUGAGGGGGAAGGACCGUUAGAUAUCUGGGCUGUUGUGAAACCUGGGAACACCAAGGAAAAGAUUGCCUUCUUUGCAGCCCAGCAGUGCAACAAUAGGAUGGGCUCAAUGAAACUUAAAAGCACCUGGGAUAUAGAUGGAAGAUCAGCUAAACGAAGGAAGAAAUCCGUGGAUCUUAUAAAAGCAAAGAUUCAAUUAGAAAGGAUGAGAGAGGCAAACAGGAGGUGCGCCCAGCCUGAGCCUUUUGCAUGUGGCAUUGAGCACUGUUCUGUACAUUAUGUUAAUGACAAUGGUGAAGGGAUAUUUCCAGGUCGAUCCUUAUCUGUAAUCGAGAUGGUAGCUUUUUUAGAACACAGAGCAAGUGCUUUGCUGGCUGACUGCACCAAAAACUGUACGAACGCUGCUACCACAAGGCUGAGUGGGCAAUCCAAAGGUGCACUUCCUGCUUCAGACCCUUUCUCUACCCCGGGGGCCUGCGAGGUACAUUCUGAAAAAGGGACCUGUGGGAGUGGUGAGCAGCAGAAUGAGCCCGUGCGUGUGCUGGACAUGGUUGCAAAGCUUGAAUCUGAGUGCUUGAGACGCCAGAGCGAGCGUGAAGCAGGGAGCCUAUCCAGGAACAACAGCUUCCGGAGAAACAUAGGGCGGAUGUUACUGGCGAAUGGCACACAGUCUGAGUGUGACACUGGGAAGGUAUCUUCCAAAGUCCUUGGCCAGGAGGUAAGUUUAAAAGAUCCUGUUACAGUGAAUGAUGAUGGACAGAGAACAAAGCGUGGCCCUUCGGCUGCUGAUGAAUUAUGGGAAGGAGCUGCUUCUGGUCAGCAGUCCUUUCCGGCAGGAGCAGCUGUGGAUAUCCACAUGGUGAACAUCAGUGUCAAGCUUGGUCAAGAAAUCUCAGUGAGACCCGGCAGCAGAGGUGAUUCUGAAAUGAUCGUGGAACCUCUGGGGUCCAUCUCUUCUACAUGUCCAGGAGCUGUUGGGCUGUCGUCAGAUGCCAUGCAAAGCGAGAGUAUGACUGUUGAUUGUUCGGCUAGAGAACCUGUAUCUAUUCCUAAUCUGAAUUUGCAUCCAACAAGGAGAGAGUCUUUAUGUAUCAGUAUAUCAGUCACCAAGACAGAAAAGGGGUGCAGGAAAGAGCAACCUUCUAAUAUUAGCUUUGGUGAAGAUCCACUUCCAGGGAGGCUGUUCUUUCUGCAUCCUAAUCACAACACCAAGCAAGAACACACAGGGUUAGGGGAAAGUACUAAAGAAAAGCCAGGAGAAGUGGGCCAAACUGAGGAUGCUGCUGACAGUAACAAAGUGUGUGAGAUCAAUAGUGUUUCCAUAGAGCCAUUUGCCCUUUCACUAUCUCCCAUGGAAAGUGCUUUGCAGAUACUUGACACUUCUUGUUUGAAAAGGCAGGUGUCUCAUGACUUUUUGGAGACUAGGUUUAAAAUUCAGCAGCUUUUGGAGCCUCAGCAGUAUAUGGCCUUCUUGCCCCACCACAUCAUGGUUAAGAUCUUCAGGUUGCUCCCCACUAAGAGUCUAGUUGCUCUUAAAUGUACUUCUUGUUACUUCAAAUUUAUCAUUGAAUACUACAACAUAAGGCCAGCUGAUUCCCGCUGGGUCCGUGAUCCACGGUACAAAGAAGAUCCUUGCAAGCAGUGCAAGAAGAAGUACGUGAAAGGGGAUGUGUCUUUGUGCCGGUGGCAUCCCAAACCCUACUGUCAAGCUUUACCAUAUGGCCCAGGGUACUGGAUGUGCUGUCACAAGUCUCAGAAAGGCAUCCCUGGGUGUAAAUUAGGUCUUCAUGACAAUCAUUGGGUUCCUGCCUGCCACAGCUUUAACCGCACUCUUCACAAGAAAACCAGAGGAGGAGCAGCAGAUGCGGAAGAGGAAUAUUAGUGCACAUACACUUUCUCUUGGGAGGAGAAAAUUUUCAUGCUCUGUGCUGUUUACAGUGUAUAUAAUUGUGUUUUCACAGGGCUAUGAAACUGCACAUACUUAAACACAAGAGCCUUUACCUGUUAGAUUACAGAGAGCUUUUAGCCCAUCAUUGUAAAUAACGCUAUUAAAAACAAAUUGUACAUAUAGAGUCUACAGCUGGCUGAACAACUUAUUCACUACAAUGCAGCUAUGAUAGUGUUGCGGCUAUAGUCGUGUGUGUUUUUAAGUGUCUUGUUUCAAAAUCUGUAUAUCCUGUAUAAUAUAUGAGCGUUUCUGCGGAGAAACUCUAAAUCGGUAAAGGUUAACUUGUUUAAAGGAUCUUCAAAUGAUUUAACUGGACAACCUUAACGUUAGACUAGACCAGAUAUUUGUUAUAGUAGUGUAGCAGUGAAGAAAAGAGAGGAAUAUUAUUGUAUAGGCAGAGUAUAAAGAGGUUCUUGUCUCCCUUACCCAUGUUGUCUGGUUAUUUUUUUUUUUACUUUAAUAAAAUGUGCAUUCUAGAUCUG